GUUACCUUGAACUGGAAGUAGCGACAUUAAAGCUUAAGCCAGCCAGAUGAUGAUCGUAUAUACUAUAGGGCAUUAAUUGUUGAAAUUAAAAUUCGUCUUAGGAUCCGUGAAGAGGGGCGAUUCGAGAGAGAGAUUAUCAAACAGUUUUUUUUGACUGAGGAGAGUCAGACUAUGAGAGCGAGCGAAUAGCGAAAAGAAAACUGAUCAGCAUUAUCCGCGCGAGAGAAAUCCCCGCGAUUGAACUAACUUACCCCAAUCUAUCUAUAGGCUUAUGUGGGCCUUCAUAUGGGGCCGUUUAUUCAUUCAGCAAGCACACUACAUAAAUUGACCCCGAGGCGAAGAAGAAGAAGAUCUGACCGUGUUCACUCUAAAAGCUCCGUGACGUGUAGUAACCUGAAUCGUCGUUAACUCCACGAUUAUCACCAAACAUUAAACAAAUUUUGUUUUUUUUCUUUUUCUUUCUGCUUUUUCCAUUGUUCUCGACUUCUUCUUCGUCAGGCUAAUCUAAUUUUUAACUGGUCGUCGCCUCGUCGGUCAUAAAGUUUGGAUUUAUAAACAGAGUCAGCCAAGACGUUGUUGAAAGUAGAUCCACUUUGCUAUGGGCUUUGAGGACUCUCCGUGUCAAGAAGCUCCACCUUCAUCACGUUCACCAGCUGAUUUCCAUGACCCCUUCAUGUAUACCUCCUCCUAUGUUCAAUUCUCCUUUUUCUAUUAUCAUUUCGUGCCAAGAAAUUUUGCAACUGGGCUUGAACAAAGUGAGAUCGAUGCAAUCCAGGAGUCGGAACAAGCAAGUAUAAGUGAGAGCCUUCUCAAGUACCAUGAUAUCUGCAUAGAUGAAGGAGUUAUUGAACAAGAUGUGGAUAUGUCAUAUCUUUCAGCAAAUAAUGUGGGGGAAUGGAUUGUGGAACUUAUCUGUCAAAACAAUAUCAAAAAGCUUAUCCUGGGAGCAACUGCUGAUUCCCAUUACUCCGAGGGCAUGGCUCAUAUCACAUCUACAAUAGCUGAGUAUGUGAUUCGACACGCACCUGAUUGCUGUAAAAUAUGGCUCGUAUGUAAUGGCAACAACAUCCAAACGAGGGAGGGACGGUUUGAACUUGCGGGUUCAUCAUACUCCUACUCUGAAUCCUCAAGCAGCCUUCAUAGCCUUGAUUCUGCUCUGAUACCAUAUGAGGCAGCAGGAAGAGCUGAACGUGUCAGUGAGCCACAUCCCCUAUCGUCAUCUGAAGAACGAUCAGCUAGUGGGGUUGAGACGAUGUACUACGAGGAGCAGAGACGGAGAUUAGAAAUUGAGGAACUAAAGAGAGAAAAGGAGCAACGCGAUAAGAUGAGGUGUGAAAGGGAGGAAACUCUCUCAAGUUCCUUUGGUGUCACUCAGAAACUGUACAGUGAAGAAGUAAUUCGCAGGAGAGAAGCGGAGGUGGAACUAAACAGAGCGAAAGCAGAAAUUGAAGAUAUGAAAAGGGUCCAAAAGGAACACGAAGAACAGCAUUAUACUGAUUGUCGUCUGUUAGAAUUGAUCCAGAAAGAGCGAGACGAAGCUAUAAAAACAUGUGAAGAGCUUUUGAUACAUCUAAACCUGGAUAAGGCCAUCUCAUCAUCACAUUCACUAUCAUCCCCGUUGCAGUGGUCUCUUUCCGACGAGCCUCCCCAAUGUUUCCUAUGUCCCAUUUCAAAGGAGAUUAUGCAUAAUCCUCAUGUUGCAGCCGAUGGUCACACCUAUGAAGCAGAGGAAUUCAAAAGGUGGCUCCGUCACGGAGGUGAAAAAUCACCGAUGACAAACCUUCUGCUCGAGAAUGACAAUCUCACCCCGAAUCUUGUUCUUCGUUCAGCCAUUAGAGACUGGUUGCAACGGCACCCAUAUUUCUAUGAUUCGUCUUAGGAUAUAUAUGAUGCUGAUUGUGUUGUGUGAUUCAUUGAAUGUGUUAUGAAAAAUUUGAUAAAAAUUCCUUUAUUCAGUGGGAAAAAUCUUGUAGUGCCGUUUCUUGUUUUAGUAUUUUUAUGCACUGACUUCUGUUUUGAUU